AUGGAUCUAUCCAAGCACAAAAAGCCAUCACUUCCACGUCUGACCACGAAUAUUCCAACAGAACGCCAAUCAUCAGUCUCUCUUCCUCCGUUGCCUGUCAAAACACAGCCCCAGACCAAGGUCCAACGUCCUCAGUCAGAGUCAAAGGCCGUGGUGCCAUCGCUUUUCCCACAGGAGGGCCAGACAGACAACGAGAAUAUUGCACCGGCGCUGCGCUACUUCCAAAGCACCAAGCCGGUCUAUGUAGUUCCAAACAGUGUUGAAGAGGAUGACUCGCCAGUCGCCAAGAAGAAGACAAUGUACUACGAAGACGCAUUUGCCUUUCGAGCUUCCCCUCAUCCUCCGAAGGAACGCAUCGUCCAGGAUUCUGUGGUGGUUGCCGAGCUCACCACCAACCGCAGGGCCAAAGAUGGUCUGGUCAAACUUGUGUCCGAUCUUGGCUUCCGUCUCGCUCAGAUUUAUCAGCGUCCUGAGACUGCUAUUCAGGUGUCGGUCCAGUCAGAGGUUUGUUUGAUGCUGGGCAAUCCAUCUCUCCCGUCAUACCUAUUGAAGAUAUUUGCUCUUCCGUCGUGCAUUGCACCAGUCACCAACCUUCGUAACACGAAUUUGAUCCAAUCCACUCUUGACGAAUUGCUCGGCAUUAUCCCCGAGCAGGGUGUUAUUCUAUACUUUGCUGUCCCUGAAGAGAACUUGGCGACCAAUGGAAUGACUGUGCAAGGAGAAAUCACUCGACUGGAUCAAAGUGAGCAAAGCAGUCCCCGUCUCAUCAAGUCAAUCUCCCGGACUAUGAGCCGUCGAAUGAAGUCAAGCAGUGGAACGAGUGGCCCCCUUUCUUUACCAUCAUCAGUGAUCACAUCCUCAUCGUCAAGUCAGCCCAAUUCAAACCAGUCUCCCACAAACACCGUUGGAGCUUUGCCAAGAAACGAGGAAAAACGAGGACGAAGCCUCAAGAAAAGAGGAUCGCUCCGAAACUUUGUUCGUCGUCGAUUAUUGGAUAUUAAGGCAUCGAAGGAAGAUGAAAACAAUGAGAUGGUGGAAGAGUAA